GUUUAGUAUGUUGUAUAUAAUAUUAAUUUUAAUAAUGAAUGGGGUUAAAUGCUUUAACCGUGAGUUAUAUUAUUAAGAAAAUGGCACAAAAGCUUAAACAAGGAGAACUUUUAAAAAAUGAAGAAGUUCUACAAAUGAAGUAUGAAGAAAACAAUAAAAUAACCAGAAAAUUUAUGGAAGAGAUUAAUGAAAUAAAAAAUAAAAUAGAAUGCUAUGACAUGCCGAAUGAAUUGAACAAAAAAACUAAACAAAAACCAAUAAAAACAUCCGAAUUUCAAACAUUUAUGAAAAUAAUUGAUAAUGGAGAUACAAUAGAAGAAAUGAAAACUAUUUCAAGUAAAGAGGUAACUAUAAAAAACUAUGUUCUACAGAAAGAAAUUGAUCGCUUAAAUAGUGAACUUGUUAAAAAAGAUGAUGCGACUGAUCGUUUACAAGAUGAAAACAAAAAACUGAUUGAAGAAAAAGAUAAAUGUACUUAUCAACUAUCAUUACUCAAAGAUAAACUAAGAAAACAUGAUAAGGAUGUUGAUGUUUUAAACGGAACAUUAAAAACAAGAGAUUCUGAGCUGAAUCGAGUUAUGAAAGAUUUGGGUGCUUUAGAAAAGAAGUAUAAACAUGAACAAAUUAUACAUGAAAAACAAAGGUCGGCUGUAUUAAAAACUAUCGAUGAGAACAAAUUGCUUAAAGAUACAGUUAAAAAAUUAGAGAUUGCCCAAAAGGAAAAUGAAGAUAAAUAUGCAAGAUUAUUAGUAAAGAAUGAUGAAGCUCUAAAUAGAUGUAUGAAAGAAAAAGACUUAUUAGUUUUGGGCUUUCGCAAACAAUUAGAAUUAAUCGAUUCGCUGAAAAAACAAAAUGUUAGAACAAAACUACUUGAAGAAAUAACUUUAUUGGAAAACGAAUUUAGCAAUCUUCUAGAAAGCAAAUAAUAUAUUGUUAUUUUGUGACUUACUAUUCUUCUGUAGCCAAGUUUGUUUUGUUUUGAGUUCCGUCGUCAUCAUCGGAAAUCAUUGUUGUUUUGUAUUGUAAAACUUGAUUUACUAAAGUUGUUGUGAUUUUUUUUAAAUUUUUAUAUAAUUUAAAUAAUUUAAUAUAUUAUUAUGUACAAUAAAAUGCACAUGUCGAAUUUUUUUCAAAAUCUUAUCACUAUGAGAUUUACUUUUUAACUGAUAACACUCGGCUUCUUUUUUUUAC